CUUCGUGGCUCGUCCUCGGUCUCGUUCGCCUCAGAGAAUGGAGAUCUCUUUGAGAAUCGACUCGGUCAACUGGCAUCCCUGGUUGGCAAUGCGGAUGUUCUCAAGGAAUUAGGAGUCAAGAUUCGUUCACACUCAGAGCUAUGGAAACAUGUUGCUUCACUGGUUGGAACUUCGGUGGUGAUCCCAUGCAACAUUUCGACUCCAUUCAGAGAUGACCAAGUCAGAUUAGUCCUCUGGUUCAAAGACAAUUCCACUAAGCCAUUCUACUCAUAUGACAAUCGUGAGGAAGGUUCCACGCCCCAACAUUGGUCCAAUGACACCAUGCUGAGUGGAAGAGCUGGCUUCCAAGUGUUGUCGAUUGAUUCGGCUAAUUUGAUGCUCCGGGACGUCAAGGUUGAGGAUGAUGGAUUCUACAAGUGUCGAGUGGACUAUAAACAAGCACAAACGUCAACUUCCAUAGUCAAACUUGAUGCCAUCAAGCACCCACAAAGCCCAAGAAUUUUGGUUCACGCGUCAUCUUCGCUGCAAGACGCCACGGAGCAAUCACAUUCCAAAUUUGUAGAAGCAAGUACCGGGGACCAUUCUCACGGCCAUUCCCAAUACAAAGAAAAGAUCAAUGUCUAUCGAAUAGGACCGUAUCAAGUUGGGGAUUCCCUGAAACUGAAAUGUCUUGUAUUGGGCGGACACCCUUCCCCUAACGUGACUUGGUCACGCCAACGCCAUCAGCAACGCUUGACACUGGUGUCCCAGGGUGACCAGAGCUACGCAAACAGAGGAUUAGAUGAGGAUGAAGUGAUUGAUGAUAGUUUCCACGUCGCCCACAGCCGACGACACCAUGGUGAAAACCUUGUCAAAAACGUUCUAGAAAUCGAUGGCCUGAGCCGAACAGACUAUGGGGCGACCUUGACAUGUCACACCUGGAAUAAUGCAAUCGAAGAUGGGCCCGCUACAUCGGUCACUAUUGACAUGAUUCUCCAACCCCUGAGGGUCGAGCUUAUGCCAAUUGUGACACGUAAUAAUGAUCCUAACGACCAGUCGGGGACUCGGAACAGACAACUAGGAGGAGCUGGGUCCAUUUUCUCCGAGGGGGAAUCCAGACAAAUCGAAUGUGUGGUCCAUGGUGCCAAACCCAACCGUCCCAGCAUCUCUUGGUGGAUUGGAGACACGAAGUUAUCGCCCAGAACUUUCACUGUGGACCAUUUGGCCUCGAGCGACAUCACCACAAGCGUUCUGACCUUUCGGCCUCGAGCCCAAGACGAUGGUCAAGAAUUAACUUGUAAAGCCUACAAUGAAGCACCCUCGGCCGAGACGAAAGAACAUGGUACUCUUUGGCCUCAGUGGAAAAGAGAGCAACAUGCAACUAGCAGAAGAACGGGCUUUAUGAACGGAGCCGUAGGAGGCUAUUCGAACGAUUGGAACCCAAAUGAGCUUAACAAUGACGAGAAGUGGACCGGACCCGAGCCCUUGGGACUAUCGCACUCAAUGACCAUGCAAGUUCGAUAUCCUCCUCGAUCCCGCUUGAUUCUGGGCCCAACCCUCAAUGGUUCCAACAUCAAAGAAGGCGAUGACGUCUACUUUGAAUGCUUGGUAGACGCUCGACCUCCGCCCAGUCGAAUCCGAUGGAUGCACAAUGGCGAAAUUAUCCAACCCGACGUGGCCAAUGGUGUGAUCAUGAGUAAUCAGAGCCUCGUCUUGCAAAGUCUAAAGCGAGAGCGAAGCGGUCAAUACUCGUGUACGGCCAUCAACUCGCAAGGUCGGAACACCAGCCUUGAUCUCGCUCUGAAGAUCAAAUACAAGCCGUUUUGCAAGGCCGGCCUUCCUUCGAUCUACGGGGCCAUUUCAGACCAUACUAUUGAGGUCCUCUGUCAAGUUGAGGCCAAUCCACUCUUCGAUUUGAAAUUUGAGUGGACCUUCAAUUCGAGCACCGGGAACAUCCGAAUGCCCAAUUCUUUGGUGAAGAGCAAGCCCGAGAACGCCAGUUCGGUAUUGGCCUUCACGCCCAAGAGUGAGAUGGAUCUUGGCACCCUUUUAUGCUGGGCCUCAAAUCCAAUCGGAGUCCAGAGUGAACCGUGCAUCUUCCAUCUGAUUGCCGCUCGGAGACCCAACCCGGUGGCCAACUGCACGGCCGCCAAUAAAUCUUACGCCAUCCUGAAACUGAAAUGUGUCCCUGGCUUUGAUGGCGGUCUCCUGCAGAACUUCACUUUGGAGAUCCGGAAUGCCCAGACUCACGCAUUGGUCCACAAUCAAACGCGAGCUGAAGAGCCGGAAUUCAGAGCUGUGGGUCUCAAACCCGCCACCGGAUACAUUGUGUCCAUCUAUUCCACCAACGCGAGGGGAACCAGCGAUCGGCUGAACUUCCACGUCUUCACCUCGAACGAGUUGGAUAAUCCAAAUAUCUUGGAGACCAACGAAAGUGCUCUCACGAAUUCGUCCAAGUUCAAUGAGCCCACGAACUUCCUCAAGGCGGUCUUCAUUGCGGCCAUUGCUCUAGCCUUGGUGGUCAUCAUGCUAUUCGCCGCCAUCUGCUUUCGAAGAGUCCAGUUGGGACUUCGAAAGUCCAACAGUCCCAACCCAGCCAUUCCGGGAAAGAAGGAUGUGGUGGGCCUGGCCAGCACCGAUGGGAUCUCGGGCAGUUCCUCUCAUGGUUUCACCAUGAAGGACACCACUCCAGACGAUCGUCUCAUGGGCGUUCGCAUAACAGGCAACCCACUUGACCCCCACGAGGAUUACGGCUCAUUGAAUCCCAACUCCAAGCAAUGUUCGAUUCCGUCUUCCUCAACCUCCUCCAUUGCGCCCAAGAGGCAAGCUGCCGGCUUGUCUGAAAGUCAUAUCAUUUGUAAUCCAGUGCCAAAUCCGGAUGUGAUCAUCCAGGAAUCCAAUCCCAUCAACUUCCACCCUAUCAUAGACAAGAAAUAUCAACAUAUCGAGUUCUUUGAUCCCGAGGAAGAACACGGCUCCUUGGAUCAUCCGCCUUUGGUGCGUGGUUCGAAUCCGCUCUUCUUGAAACUGGAUCAACACCGUGAAUCUAAUGUAUAGACAAUAUGUUUUCAAUCGUGUUUCCAGUCAUCCACCAUACAUCGCAAAUUAUCAAUGGCAGAUGUAUCCGGGCAAACAAUAUACAAAAAUAAUGUCGUUUUUGCACUUAAAGUCAAGCCAAGAAAAUCAGAACGCGUAGAAAACGGUGUACUUUCUCUCUUGUCAGAAUAAAUGAGCUGAUUCGUGGAAUGCAA